UAAAAAUACUAAAAGUGGGAUAAUACAACUGGAAUUAGCAUCCAGCCAUACAGAAUUAUGGGUAAUCAUCAUCCUGUUGCAAGUUGCAACUCUUCUAGCACCGUUAACAAGGACCUGGUCAUUCUUGUGGAUAUAAUAUCCCAACUGCAAGAACAGGUGAAUACAAUUGCAGGUCUUGCCUUUAAUACCUUUGGGUUGCUUCAGACUCAGAGGGAUGCUCCUCCAGUUAGGUUGUCUACUAAUUUUCCAGAACCUCCUGCUACUCCUGCUAGUAAUGCAGAGGAUGCUACUAAUCUUGCUGAGCAGCCAAAGAACACGAGUGCAGGACUUGUCAAGGCUGCCAAGCAGUUUGAUUCGUUGGUAGCUGCCCUUCCGGUGGCUGAGGGAGGCAAAGAAGCUCAGCUGAAAAGAAUUGCCAAACUUCUGGCUGAAAAUGAUGUCUUAGGCCAAGAACUACUAAAACAACUGGAAGCUGCGGAAAAGGAAUUAAAGCAAGUGCAGGAGUUGUUCAGGCAAGCAACAGACGACUGCUUGAACUUUUAAGAAACCGGAUUGAAGGCUAGGCAAUUUUUUAGCAUAAUUUUGAUGAGUAUGUUGCCGUAAUAUGUUUGGUAACGUGCUCAAAUAGAUGCUUUUCGCACUGCAAAAUCUCGUCCGAGAAGCCGUUUCCUAGUAUCUUGCUGAUAAUUUUGAGGUUCAGUAUAUGAAGGAAUGGAAGAUGGGUUAUUUACAGAUAUUUCAAUA